AAUUCUGGUCUCUGCAGAACUCGGACUUGUCGGUUUUUAGCCUUUUCUGAGCAUUUCUGAGGGUGUAGGCAUAUCGUAACUCCUCCUUUAGCACUGUGGUGCCUGGUUUUAGGGGUGCUGAGACGAGGAAAGUCAUCACUGUGUCUUGCAGGAACCAAACAUACCUGAUCUCUGUCUAUCUCCUGCUGACAGACCUUCAGUUACUAAUUUCUCAUUACAGUCACCUUUGGGCAAAGCCUGUACAAUGUAGAAAGCUUCAAAAAAGACUCUCAUUUCCAGAAGCAAGAUACUUUGCCUGGGGAAAAAAAAUGUGAUAACUUCUGUGAGGUCUUCAGGCAGGGAAACUGGAACAAAGAUGUCAGCUUUUCAGCCUGGGAAGCAGAAGUAUCAUGCCACCAUCUUUAGACUAUUACUUGCUGCUGGUCUUGUUGUUGCUGUUCAGAGUGCCUGUGAGCCUCCACCACGUUUCUCAUUUGCAGAACUGAAACCUGAGUAUCAUGGCACUGACAAAUUUACUGCUGGUUCAGCGGUGGAAUACGUCUGUCGUCCAGGUUACAUGAAAAAUGUCCGUGCCAGAAGUGUUUUGAUUUGUGGAAAGGAUGAUAAGUGGAAAGGAUCAGACAAAAUUUGUAUACCAAAGUUAUGCAGCUAUCCUGGAGAGCCAGCCAACGGCCGACUUCUUCUAGGAGAACGGUUCAGUUUUGGUUCAACAGCAAACUUCACCUGUGAGCCUGGGCACAGAUUGAUUGGAGAUUCCCAAAUUCAGUGUGUGAUUAAAGAUGGGGUUGUUACAUGGGACAGAGAGAUUCCAGUCUGUGAACCAAUACCAUGCUUACCCCCUCCAGAUAUAGCUAAUGGAGUGCAUAGUGGAGCUGUCGGAGGUGAUUUCAGUUACGGAGCAUCUGUCACUUAUCAGUGUAACACUGUCAGAAGAGGAGAGAUGCCUUUCUCGCUGAUUGGAGACGCCUCUAUUCACUGCACGACCGUAGAUAACCUAAAUGGUGUCUGGAGCAAGCCUGCCCCUGAGUGCAAAGUGGUUCGCUGUAAACAUCCAAAUAUUGACAACGGAAGGGUGUUGAGCAGAUAUAGAGCUGAGUACACUUACAGAGACACCGUCAUGUUUGACUGUAACCUCCGCUAUACCAUGAAUGGCAGUGAUAUAUCUACAUGCACAGAAAAUAGUCUUUGGGACCCUCCAGUGCCCAUUUGUCAACGAAGCAGCUGUGAUGACCCUCCUGAUGUGCAUAAUGCUGUUAAAAAAAACAUUGCUGGCAAUUUAUUUCCUGUUAAGACUUUAAUUACAUACGAGUGUAAGGUGGGCCAUGAGUUCAACCGUGGAGAAAACAUGUGGCAUAUUGAAUGUCUGCCGGAUUUUACAUGGACUGAAGUUUCACAUUCUUGUGAAAGAGUUCAUUGUCCAAAUCCAGAUGUCGAAAAUGGAAAGUUCGUACAUGCAUGGGAAUAUAAAGAAAAUUAUGAGUAUGGAGACAGCGUUCAAAUUACAUGUAAUGAUGGCUAUACUUUCAAAGGUCAUGACAAUGAAGUUGUGCUUCGGUGCACAGCGAAUGGUGCAUGGGAUCCUGAGAUACCUGAGUGCAUUCUAGAACCUCGUUGCCCAGAACCAGUCAUUGAUCAUGGAAGAGAGGUUUAUAAGAGUAGAGAUGACUACACCCGUGGGACCCAAGUGAGGAUAACAUGUGAUUCUGGCUAUAUCCUCAGAGGCCAGGCCUCCAUUGAGUGUCAGGCUGAUAAGACCUGGGCUCCUCAACUACCAUUUUGCGAUGAAGUCUGUGGCCCACCUCCAGAAAUCAUCCGUGGGCAGCACUCUGGCUUGAAAACAGAGCACUUCCCCUAUGGAUCCGAAGUAACAUACAGAUGUGCAGAGGGUUUGUCCCUCGUUGGGGAGUCCUCCAUUUACUGCACGUCCAACGAUGGGGUAAACCUGACGUGGAGCGGACCUGCCCCAGAGUGCAAAGUGGUCCGCUGUCCAAAGCCAGCGAUCAGCAAUGGAAGGAUGACGACACAAAGGCAUACGUUUCCGUACGGGGUGGCUGUGCAGUUCUCUUGUGACAAAGGCUACGUGCUAUAUGGCAGUAACGAGAGUCGGUGCCUGGGUGACAGUGCCUGGCAUCCUCCUCUGCCGACCUGUUGGCCAGUUCAGUGUCUUCCACCAGUGGGAGAUGACCUAGUGCUUUACAUGUACAAGUCAUCUUAUGAAGUGAAUGAAACUCUAGCCUUCUCCUGCAGAAGUGACACCUAUCGAAAAAUAAGUUCAACAACUACCUGCUCAGCUGAUGGCAAAUGGAUGCCAUCACCCAAAUGUAAGCUGCCCAUUCAGCAUGAUAUAUGUCAGGAGUUGCUUGUUCAAACUAGAGAAAUUCCGCAGUGUGGAAUUCCUCUGGCAGAACUGAAGACAGUGCUGGAAGUACGGAAGUUGUAUCUGGAGAUCCAGAAACUUGAAAAGGAGCUAAACAUCAGAGUAAACAGCCCCAUCCCCAGCUUCUUACAGCUAUUUCCCUUUUCCCCGGCGUGUUGUGGUUGGCUUCUCGGCACUGCCACGCUCACUUUGAGGAGAGACCAUUGCCUUCCCAGACGGCACAGUCGGUGCUACCGCUGCACUUCGGCCGGGAACGCUCCCGGCUCCACGAAGAUGUUUUCCCACUGGACCUGGCAGCUCCUGGGAGCGGUGGUGCUUGUGCUGGAGCCAACUGGGAGUCUUGCUCCAUCUCUAGGUACUUGCAAGGAGCCACCCAAAAUUCCCAAUGCUUUCCAGAAGUCCUACGUGGGGGCAUUGAUUCCUGCUGGGACCGUUGUUAAGUACGGCUGCCUCAGAGGCUACGAGCUCAUCCCAGGAGUGUCCCCAGGACAGAUCACUUGCCUGCAGAACUUCACGUGGUCUGAAGUUCAGAACUUCUGCCAGAAAGUUCGUUGUCCCAAUCCAAACAUUACCAAUGGAGUGCAGAUACCUAAGCCAAGACCUGGACAAGGCACGUACGAGUAUGGAGACGCUGUUUCCAUUGAGUGCAAUCCUGGGUAUGGCAUCAAAGGCAAUGUCAACAGCACUGCGCUGACUCGGUGCAGGUAUGAUGGGAGCUGGGAUGUUGCCAUUCCAGUGUGUGAACCAGUUUGUGAGCAGCCCCAGAAUAUUCCUCAUGGGAGACACAAUAGCUGGACAAAGAAGUUUUUUAUUGGGACAUCGGUGAUGUACGUGUGUGACAGAGGUUACAGAGUUGUUGGAGAGCCUCUUAUUUAUUGUAAAACUGGAGAUGGGGUACCUGCAAACUGGAGUCACCCUACCCCUGAGUGUACAGAAGUUCAGUGUCCAGCCCCAGAUAUCGAACACGGAAGACUGAAGUCUGCACAGAACUUCACCUACCAGAGCACGGUCACAGUCGAAUGCGAUGCUGGCUACGUCCCCGUGGGUGUGACCACCAUUCAGUGCCAGGACAAUGGCAGAUGGCAUCCACGGGAGCCAGCUUGUGUCCUAGGUCGCUGCCCCUACCCUCCUGCUGUUGAUCACACAGACCGAAACCCUCAGCGGGACUUUCCAGUAGGUACCACCGUAACCUACUUCUGCAGAUCCGGAUACACUUUGCUCCCAGAAGUAUCUCCAAAAACUACUUGUCUUAAAAAUUUCACAUGGUCCAAAAUCCCAAAGCUUUGUCAGAAGGUUCACUGUCCAAACCCAGCUAUUAACCAUGGGAGAGAGAUCGGCAUAAGGAAAGCAGAAUAUACCUUUGGGGACCAUGUGGAAUUUCAGUGUGAUCCUGGUUAUGUGCUCAAAGGCACUCGGAGGAUUCAGUGUUGGUCUGAUGGGAUGUGGCGACCCCCGGUACCAUACUGCGAUAUGGUCUGUGGCCCACCUCCAAAAAUCAACAGUGGGCAGCACUCUGGCUUGAAAACAGAGCACUUCCCCUAUGGAUCCGAAGUAACAUACAGAUGUGCAGAGGGUUUGUCCCUCGUUGGGGAGUCCUCCAUUUACUGCACGUCCAACGAUGGGGUAAACCUGACGUGGAGCGGACCUGCCCCAGAGUGCAAAGUGGUCCGCUGUCCAAAGCCAGCGAUCAGCAAUGGAAGGAUGACGACACAAAGGCAUACGUUUCCGUACGGGGUGGCUGUGCAGUUCUCUUGUGACAAAGGCUACGUGCUAUAUGGCAGUAACGAGAGUCGGUGCCUGGGUGACAGUGCCUGGCAUCCUCCUCUGCCGACCUGUCGGCCAGUUCUGUGUCCAAAACCACAAGUGAAAAAUGGAAAGUUGAUCGGUACUUGGGAUGGUAAAAUGUGGUAUGGAACAAAUUCAACUCUCACUUUCGAUUGCCUUCCUGGGUACCACUUUUCGGGUGAUGGAGACAUGGCUUUAGCAGACUCUUGGACAGUCACGUGCUUAACUGAUGGCAACUGGACACAGCUGCCCAAGUGUAAAAAACAAGAUGCUGCUGCUAUAUGUGAAGAGGUUGAUGAUAUUAAAACAGCCUUUGAAUGCGGUGUGCCUAUAGCGGAACUGAAAACUCUGUUGGAAAUACAAAAACUGUUUCUGGAGAUUCAGAAACUAAAGGUAGAAUUAGAAAACUUGCAGUGAAUGAGUGAGUCCUGUAAUGUAGGCUAUAACAAAUCACUUUUCCUUUGGAUACAGUUCGUAUAGUCACAGUACUUACCUAUAAGAAGGUUCUUAGUGACUUUCUAGUUCACACUUAUAUGGAUGUAGCCAGAGAAAUAGUAACCAAGGUAUGCAAGAUCACUUUUUGUCAUGCUAGAUGCUAGAGAGCUAGAGCAUAGAGCUGUAGAGCUAGAACUUAGGGAGUUUCUUGCUCUUUUCUUCAAAUAUGGCAAGCUUGAUUCCCUGCUUAAACUUGCUGUUUGACAUUGUUUUCGGAAUCAGUAAGAAGUUAAAUUGAGCUGCUUUGUUCCACUGAAUAAACUGUGCCAAGGCAAGAGAAGCUGGACUGAACUAUAUGAAAACAAACUUUUAGCUGAUACAGGUUUCUGGCUCUGACAUAACUUUCUGUCUGGUGGUUUAUACAUGUGCCUCACCCUCUGCCUAUCUUGCACUUCUAAGCAUUAUAAUCUACUUGAAUUCAGCCUAUCAUAACGUUGAUAUAUUUUAUCUAUCCAGAAAUAGCAAUGAAUAGAAGCAUUGCUUUUGUAAAGACUUGUAAAGCCUAUCCUCUUAUCCUUAGAUAUAAAAGAGGCAACAGGUUUCUGUCCCAGCACUGUACUUGGAAGAUAUCUAUGCUGAUAUCACCCUCCAUUUCCCUAUGUCUGCAAGCAAAUGCUGAGAAUAGAUGUUGUAAGUUUAAAUGUAGAGAACCAGACAGCUAUGAUUUUUCUUACUAUCCAAUAAACAACAAUCUCUUCAUGCGCCUCUGUGAUGAAGCAAUUGUUAAUUCCAUGCCAGUUUACAAUAAAGGUCAAGGUGCAA